UUAAGUAACUGCGUAAGCUUUUAGUUGGUAGAUUCAGCUUUCCUUCCACCGAAAGAGUACCAAGAUAGGUACCUAGUAAUUACCUAAGUACCUAGCUAAUAAGGUUCAUCCUGAGCAAUCGAAGCCGUACCGCUUCUUCUCGUCUCCCCCCGUCCCGCCCCAAAAACGUAAAACGUAAAAAACCAAUUCAAACUACCAAAUCACCUUGCAUGCCAGGUUGCCAGCGCAUCAGCUCGGGAGACAUCCCACACGGCCAAACAGCUUACGAGCUUUUUCAGGGGCGGGUCUUGCCGUCUAGUAUCGUCGAAUGGCUUUCUAAAUUUCCUCUGACCACGCCUGCACGCUUGUAUGUGUGUGCCUAUCCACCCCCCACACUUCUCGCUGCUACCUCACCCAUCUGCUCGCUCAUUGGCAUCCAAUUGCUUAGAGGCUCGAAGCCUAAGCAGCCUAGGCUGGAACGGGGUUCAGGGCAAGCAAAACGUUAUUCGACAACGUAGCCCGGGACGGAACCCUUGCUCGGCUUGACCUACCUACUCCCUUCAUUUGUCGUAUUGUACACUUACAUAGUCUAUCGGCGCCUGAAUGUCAGGGUGAUGUCCAGAAGAUGCAGGAAGAGGAGGAACCCCUUGGUGCGACGUUGGCAACCCAUAAUUUUGAAUCCCAGUCAGGUUCAAGUCCAACACAACACCAAGAAAAUCGCUACUACCACCGCUACUACCAACACCAACACCAUCAUCGUCCAAACCCUAACCCUGCAGUAUUCGACGACUCCGACUACGACGACGAUCGCGACUUCGAACCCGACUUCGAUCAGCAGCACCACAUCCUAUUGCCUCCGCCCGAAUCCGAAUUCCCGUCCUAUGCCUCGAGCAAUUUCCACGCCGCCUAUGCGAACGCGACGAGUGUCGAGCCCGUGGCCGUCGUAGAUCCGGACGAUUUCUAUAGAAAUUACCGUGGCGCCCAUACGUCCGUGCCAGACCCGACCCACGACGAAUUGAUGGCGUCAACCGUUUCUGCCUCGAGGCAAGAUCAAAACCUCUCGCUACGAGCAAACGGAACCGGAGCCGCUUCAAAACACCCCGCUAUUGCUUCUGCUUCCGCACGACCUAAUGUGAGACCCAGUGUACGCUCCGUAUCCGCCCCCGUCAACGAUAAACAACCCGAUGGUGCCUCGAAGUCGAGGGCUACAGCCACAACCCCAUAUGGGGGCCGUAGCGGGCAUCAACCCAGCGUAAAGGAUUUGAAGAAAAGAUUUGACCAGAACGCGGCACAGUCGAAUAAUCCCGGUUCCCGUAAGGCUAUACCACGCAUUCCAGUUAGAGAGUCGCCAUCAUCUGCUAGAUAUCGUAGAGUAAGUGGAUCUUCGCCCACAAAUGGCCAACCAUCCUAUGCAGCGUUACGGUCGUCCGUUACGCGGGAUAUUGAGCCUGGGUCUGGAUCGCCGACCGAUAUUCGAACGACGCAAAGGAACAAAGCGGUCCCGGAGGACCAAUUGUCCAAUAAUUCACAAUCCUUUGCGAGUCGUAUAGCGAAACCACGGGCCCCAGUUGCUUCCCACAACCAAGGGUCGAAGUCCCUGGGCAAUCUCUCCCCCAUUGCUUCUCCAAACUCGAUCCCGCCGAUUCCCCAAACCCGCGGUCUCUUAUUCGGGGAGAUAGCACCCACAGAACUCGAUGCUGGAACGGCUGGUUUUGGGAUUGAGGGAGUACGAACGAGGAGAACAUCCGAUUCAAAUAUUCAUAAUUCGAAUAAUUUGCGCCAGAGAAGUUUUUCACAUACUGACGUGGAACCACCGUCGCCAAGUGAUUGGUACCGUAACGCAAAUGGAAGUUCCGCGAUUCAUGACGACACAGAGACGAAAGGCCUAAAAUCCACUAAGGCCCACAACCGGUCGCACAGCGACGUCGCUGGAACUAAACCGGCCCCAGCACCGUCGAAAGCACCUCAACCUUCGCGUCCAAAACUCCACAUAGAACGGGGCCCGUCGUCGACGGCUUCGAGAUUGCCCGUCUCGGUGCGAAAACUCAACAGUCCUUCAGGCUCCUCUAGUCCAACGUCGACACGAUCAAAUUCGCCGUCCACACGGAGACGACCUGUUAUUCAAGGGAAAGCGACCAAAUCAACACCGGUCGCACGAGCAAAGACACCUAGCAGUGCUUCCAGUUCUGCGACACGACAGCCAAACCGAUUAGGUUCCGUGACUCCAAAUAGUAACGCGAGGCUCAACGCCUAUAUCUCGGCUGCCCCUCCGAAGUUAUCACCGCAACUACGAAGCUCUCGGCCUCGCCAGCCCGUCUCCACAGCGACCACCGCCAGUUCAAGAAUGAAGGCCGUCGACAGGGGCCGUUCACCAUCACACUUCGAUUCGCGACCAGGUUCAAGGCUCAAUGAACAGGGAACAGGAACGCGAAGACGGAAGAUAUCGAUGGGUCCAAUUGAUUUUGAAUCACGACGAGAACAGAUCAAGCUAUCGUAUACAAAAUCAGUCCGAGCGAGUGAGGUCCAGGCUGCGGCCAGGAAGACCGCUGAAGAGGAGAAGAGGCGGAAAGCGGAAGCCGAGGCUGCUGCGGCGGCUGCUGCUGCAGCUGAAGCAGCAAGAAUCGAACGGAUUAUCGAGGAGAAGCGUAAAGAAGAACAAAUUCUAAUAGAACAGCGAUUAGAAGAGGCGCGUAGAGCGGAACAGGAGAAUCGCUUGGAUCCUGAGGAAGAGAAUCGAUUCCUCGAAGAUGACUCUGAUCAGAGCCCUAUAGACGCGGAGGUAUCGCCUCCAGAGCAAACGGCACUGACAAUUACCACAGACCUUAGGAAACCCAGUGUGGAUAAUGUUGCGGCUAUAUCAAUUCCAAAAGAUUCUCCAACACUCGGUAUACCCGGGAGCUUUCCAACGCCAGGAAGCGCGGAGGAUCAAGAUGAAGCACCCCCUUCAGCAAUCUCGAAUACGACGGAGUUUGACAAUGAACCACAGACCGACCCGCCUGUACAAGAGAUCCCUGUGCGACUAGAUGUCAGUAAGACUGAUAAUGAUGACGGUUAUGCCAAGUCAACAUAUUCGAAAAUAGAAUAUCGGUCUCCGUUCGAAGAGGAAAGCCCUAACGACGACGGCUUCUCUAUCAACGUCUCAUUAGAUACCUCUACGAUGAAACCACACUCUAUAGAGCCUAGCCCGACUACAAUUGAGCCUCAUACGAAUCAUGCCAUUCCAGGCUCGUAUCAAGACGAUGACGACGAAUAUUCUCCACAACCACUUCCGUCUCAGUCAUAUCACACAAAAGUAACGAUUAUCGGCCGAGAUUCAGAUUUCUCGUCACCAAGGCGUGAGAUUGAUGAGCCAACUUUUACGGCGUUUUCUAAUACUCGGAACUUGGGAGAUGAUGAUUCAGAGCCUAAACUUUCCGAUCCGUCUCGCAAUUUGACGUAUGGCAAUUUACUUAGUCCAGAUGACGAACUACCCGGCCCAAGUGCUGGUCUUAGCGAGAUCGAGGAGUUCUUUGUUGGCCCGAUUAUGAAGGACCCCACCGCGGCUAUCCCUCGAGACCCCAGUCCAAAGACAUUGGAGGGCAAUAAUAUGGACAUUCCGGAGCAACAGAGCAUGGAAGCCCCGCGUUUCUCUUUGGAGUCUCGGAGGACAAUGGGCACAGCUCCAAGUCUAACGGUACCCAGGACUUCGGAAUCAAUGAACAGGGCUAGCCAAACCACUGUUUGGACUGAUUAUUCUAUCAAUAGCCAGGAAGCUUACUCCGACUAUGAGAUAAGGAAUCGAGAUUUACAAAACCAAGAUUCUACCUAUCGUGACAGCCAUUCAAUAUCGGAAUCCAGCUCUCUAUCGCAACCCUACCAGUAUGAACGAGACGCGAGGGAAACGCCUUGCAGUUCUGAGAUUUCUAGCAGACCUCAAGACCCAGAGUCAGCGCAGCACCCUCCACACCAACUUCCGGAGCUUAACACAGGGGAUGGCUUCAUCGUAGAUUAUACUGAAAGUAAGAAUAGUUCUAUCCCCGCAUUACCGGACCACGCUCCGCCACCACCUCCAGAUGGGGUUUCACUGCGUGGCCUUGGUAGUUCUGCACCCACGAGCGAAUAUUUCGAUGAGACAAGACCUAGCAGCUAUAUUCAGCCUGGGAAAGAUGAUCAGAGCAUGUUUUCAUUGGAUCCUUCUCGAAGGGAGAGUGAAGAUUUUGACCAAUCCGAAUCGGGUUCUCGUACGGUUUACCAAGGUUCCAUGGAGAUCUCCGAGAGCGCUUCUCAGACCAUUCUCUUAGAUAGCCAGCAGACUCUAGCAGAAAGCAUUGAUCAAACUGAGGAUGCCACGGGACUUUCGUCAAAGGAAAGAAAACGAUUAUUCACACGCCUCGAAACUAUAAAGGAACUAAUUGAUACCGAAGCAUUUUUCGUUAGGGAUAUGAAUAUCGUCGAAGAAAUCUACAAAGGAACAGCUGAAGCCUGUCCAAAGCUUGACGACGGAACAAUUAAAUUAAUUUUCCGCAAUACCGACCAGAUCAUCAAGUUUCAUUCGGGUUUCUUAGCAGAGCUCAAGGAAGGUGUUUCGAGUGUUUAUACUCCCAAGGGUCACCGAACUCAGUUGCCAAGGGACACUCCAAAUCCAUCUGAUGGUACAAAUCUUUCGCCACCUUCUGUAACAGCCACUGGCCAUUUGAGCGACAGUAAAGACAGGCAAACGUCACUCGGCCCAAUUUUCAUCCGGAACAUGGAACAGAUGAAGGCAGCACACGAAACCUUCCUUAAAAAUAGUGAUCAUGCUGCCAAGCGACUAAUUCAGAUCCAAGAAGAUCCAAUCGUGAAACUUUGGUUGAAUGAGUGUAACGAAGUUGCAAGAGAUUUGACCAAGGCGUGGAAUCUCGAUUCCUUGCUGAUCAAACCAAUGCAAAGGAUUACAAAAUAUCCAAAUCUUCUUAUUCAACUUCUCCAUGAAACACCGGCAGACCAUCCCGAUCGUCUAUUCCUUGAGUCCGCGAAGGUUGAUCUGGAGAAUGCGAUUGAGGAAAUUAACAAGACAAAGAAGAAUUUCGAAUUAGUUGGGCAAAUAGUUGGAAGAAAGCGCAAGGAGUCCGAUGUCAGAGCUGGCUUUGCUAGGGCUUUCGGCAAAAGGGUUGAUAAAUUACAAGCCACAAACAAACCAGCGGAAGAUCCAGAGUAUCUUAAACUCCAUGAGAGGUUUGGCGAUGACUACCUUCGACUACAGGUUGUCUUGCGAGAUGUUGAAUUUUACACAAGGCAAGUUACGGAAUACGUUCACGUAUUCCUGCAAUACUUGUCUUCGAUGGAACUCGUCAUGAGACUUCAACCAUCGCCUCAUCCCGAAAUCGAAAGCAAAUGGGUCCGCUUCAACGUGUCUAUGAGGGAUAUCGAAAAAGUUGCACUGGAGCAACAUCUCUCACAAGUUCGAAAGCAAGUGAUCGAGCCCUUUGAGCUUGUGAUCAAGUCAUAUGGCAACCCAUCACUUGCGAUGAAAAAACGAGCUAAACGCCGAUUAGACUACGAAAAAUCGGUUCAACUCAAGAAAACCGGUAAGAAAAUCGACAAGCAGCUCUCUGAUUUCAUUGAGCAAUACGAGGCUUUGAAUGAAGCACUUAAAAAGGAACUACCCAAGCUUUCCGCUUUAACAGAAAAGGUUGGCAAGAUUUGCCUUGGGAAUUUCGUGAAUAUUCAGGUUCGAUGGUUCUCUAUCUGGAAGGAGAAAGUGAAGACGGUACUUGAGGACCCUGAGGUCCCAGAAAUCGCCGACAUUAUCUCUACAUUCCAGCGCGAUUACCAAUUCCAGGAUGAGCAAAUCAACACUAUCAGUAUUGUAAAUCCGGCUUCUAAAGGCCGUCCUUCACAGUCGACCAGCACAGACGAGUCAUUUGCAAGACUCCGCCCGAGACCAUCUGAACUUUCGGCUCGCGGCCGAGGAUUGUCUUUGAACAGCGACAUGGCUCCGAGUUUGCCUACCCCUGACUUCAUGAAACGCCAUAGUGGUCAAUUCACCAUUUCGCCGACCACUGCUUCUAUUCCAAGUCCCCAUUCAUACUAUAAUUAUCGCGAUUAUUAUGUCGGAAUUAAUAUACAGGCACGUCCAGGGUCUGGUUCACUCCAUACCCCCGACUCAGCCAGCAUGUCUCGGCCGUCAGGGCCAGCACCCGUGCGACCUGGAACCGGCCAUAGCUACGAUUCGACUGGUGUCCCAAGGCAGAGCGUAGAGUCUGGCAUGCACUCGAGGCGUCAUUCCAAUUCAAUGUUUCCCUCUCCGCAGCAAUCACCUGAAAACCAGCGCUACUCCGGAUUGUUCCAGUCUGCACUCCCUCCUUCCGAUAGUCAAGAGCGUCUUCCAAGGCCAUCUCAAGCAUCCUCUCGUGCAUCCUCUCGGGAACGACAACCUAUAAAUGGGUAUAACGUCCUAUGGCUAGCAGCGUCUCUCUUCGAAUUCAAUAUCGAAACUACUAAACAUGAAGCCGGGUAUCCCUAUUUGACAUACCAGGCAGGAGAGAUAUUCGACGUCAUAGCUGAAAAAGGCGAGUUAUGGCUCGCGAAAAACCAAGACGAUCCCAACAACUUAGUCGGAUGGCUUUGGUCUAAACACUUCGCUAAGUUAGCAGACGAUUAAGUCACAUAAUUCCAUACACGGGCCAGCCCUUCGGCAUUACAUUGGAGUCUGGCAAUGGCGUCUCCGGGAAUAAUACGGCCAUUCGGUCUUCAUCCACCGUUUUAUAUUCAUCCCGAUUUGGUUCUUAUUAGAAACAAGAAUAGAUAAACCUCAGAGGGAUGGGCAUAUCGAAUCUGCUAUUUUCAUCUGUAAAAAAACACAAAAAUCGCGGCAAGAACUAUUUAACAGUACACCGCUCUACUGGCGAGGCGCGGGCGAGCGUGGCGUUUCUUGAUUUUGGUUGGGCAUCAUCUAUUGUACGACGCGAUGGGAUACGAUAUUGUUCAAAGUACGGACAGGGGCGAAGAAAGGGAUCUCAGCAAUGAAAGUGCGAGAAAAAUAAUUUGUUUUUUUUUUUUUUGAAGUCAUAUCAUCGCGUUCAAGGGCGCCGAGGUUCCAAAGUCUGUCUAUUACGAUAACAUACAUUUUUUUCGAUCAUAGGCAGCUGGAUUUGGAGGUCGAUGCAAAGUCUUGGACCUACCUUCCUUGUAUUUAGUUAUUUAGAAAUGGGACUCUGGUGGUGGAUGGAGUGUGGACAUUGCGGCGGGUUUAAGUGGCGGGUGGUGGAUGAUAUCAAAACCGAAGUUUUAAUCCAAGAUUCGCGGAAGUUAUAAUAAAAAAUUUAUAACAAUUACUAGUCCGAGGUACUCCUCGGGCGAUUAACAUCUACAAAACA